UGAAUGUCUAUGGUCGUUUCCGUUUCCUUCAUUUUCAGGGGUCCUGUUCAGUCUCUUGUUUAUGACAAUCGCAAAAGAAUACCCGAAGGAUUUAACCAGAACAGGUGCAAAAAACAGAAAUCCGUUUCGACUCCAGAGCCUGGGUGUCCCCUUUUGCAGAGUGGAUGAAUCCCUGGUGAGGUGUGAGAUGAAAUGACAACGUCAACACUACAGAAAGCAAUUGACCUGGUAACGAAAGCCACAGAAGAAGACAAGGCCAAAAACUACGAAGAGGCUCUGAGACUGUACCAGCAUGCGGUGGAGUACUUCUUACAUGCAAUUAAAUAUGAGGCGCACAGCGACAAGGCAAAGGAGAGCAUCCGAGGGAAGUGUGUUCAGUACCUAGACCGGGCUGAGAAGCUCAAGGACUAUCUCAAGAACAAACACAAGCAGGGCAAGAAGCCUGUUAAGGAGUCCCAGCACAAUGACAAAGGGAGCGACUCCGACAGCGAGGGGGAGAACCCAGAGACUAAGAAGCUCCAGGAGCAGCUGAUGGGCGCCAUCAUCAUGGAGAAGCCCAACGUCCGGUGGAACGACGUGGCUGGGCUGGAAGGAGCGAAGGAGGCUCUGAAAGAAGCGGUCAUUCUGCCCAUCAAAUUUCCGCACCUAUUUACAGGCAAGCGCACUCCCUGGCGUGGGAUCCUGUUGUUCGGCCCUCCGGGGACAGGCAAGUCCUACCUGGCCAAAGCAGUGGCCACGGAAGCCAACAACUCCACCUUCUUCUCCGUGUCCUCCUCUGAUCUCAUGUCCAAGUGGCUGGGGGAGAGUGAGAAACUUGUAAAGAACCUCUUUGACUUGGCUAGACAGCAUAAACCCUCCAUUAUUUUCAUUGAUGAAGUGGACUCGUUGUGUGGCUCUAGGAAUGAGAAUGAAAGUGAAGCUGCUAGAAGGAUUAAGACAGAGUUUCUGGUUCAAAUGCAAGGUGUGGGGAACAAUAAUGAUGGGGUCCUAGUUCUUGGUGCGACGAACAUCCCCUGGGUGCUGGAUGCUGCCAUUAGGAGGAGGUUUGAGAAGCGGAUCUACAUCCCCCUGCCGGAGGAGCCCGCCCGGGCCCAGAUGUUCCGGCUGCACCUGGGCAACACGCCGCACAGCCUGUCGGAGGCAGACGUGCGCGAGCUGGCCAGGAAGACAGAUGGGUACUCCGGCGCGGACAUCAGCAUCAUCGUGCGGGACGCGCUCAUGCAGCCCGUGCGCAAAGUCCAGUCAGCCACGCACUUCAAGAAGGUCCGAGGUCCUUCCCGAACAAAUGCUAAUGUGAUAGUGGAUGACCUGCUGACCCCCUGCUCUCCUGGUGACCCCGACGCCAUCGAAAUGACCUGGAUGGACGUUCCCAGCGAUAAACUGCUGGAACCUGUCGUCUGCAUGUCGGACAUGCUGCGUUCCCUCGCCACCACCCGGCCUACUGUAAACACUGAAGACCUUCUGAAGGUCAGGAAGUUCACCGAGGACUUCGGCCAGGAGGGCUGAGCGAAGAGGGGGUUCACAGCGUGGUUUCGAAAGACAAAUGACCUGCCCACAGCUGUCACCAUCGCCACAACGCGUAAUCCUACUGCUUUAACUACUAAGCCGAUCGGCUGACUUCACUAACUCCGGUUGGUAUGAAGAAGGAAUUAUUUAUUUUGAUUUAACAGUGUUCAAGUCAUAAAGACUGUUUUGCCAUCCAGCAAUUCUGGAGGGGAAAGGUGGGGCAAUUUAUAAUAAACGUGUUCAUAUUGACCCCUAAAAACCCAUCAGUUUCAGACUGUUUCGAGUAGCUGUGCUCUCAUCAUAGAGCUCUGGUGAGUUAGGAGAUGGAGAAGUCUUAGCAGGCCUCUGUUUUCAUGUGCAUGUGUUUAAAUCAUUGUUUUUGCAGAACUAAGUGACUUUUUGAGGUUCUUCAGAAUGCAGAUAUUCCAGCCUGGUAUAAGGUUUAAGUUAGAGAUACUUUUACAAAGAAGGUUAAUUUUAGUUUCCCUGUUCUGUGCAGUAUCAUCCUUGUCUUGGUUAUUGUAUACAUUUUUAUUUUUAUUCAUGACAUCUCUUUAAACAUACUCUUUAAACCAAUCUCUAUGCCAGUUAAAAACACUAAAACUGCUAAUUACAGACAAGGCUCAAGUUCCCUUUUCACUUAAAAUCACAUGUGCUGAGUGUUGUCUCAGGCUCAUCACUUCCUCAAGCAGUUUACAGGUGACAUUGAUCACUAAUCCCAGCGCCAAUUUAACUUGCAUAUCAGUCCGGAAAUUUCCCUGGAGUGGCAUAAACUGGAUUUGCUGUGGCUGAGGGUUUAUUUUCACCCAAAUUUAAAUGAGACAUAGACAAAUAUUUAUUUUUCACCAGAAUGAAGAUGCAUGUGAUGUACAAUGUUUAAAGUCAUUGUAGUGACUCACUAUUGCUCUAAUCUCAGAGGACAUUGGAUACGUUUUACUAAAUUGGGGAUCUAGUGAAGACAACAUGACUAAUUACCAUUUAAAGACAUGUCAAACUGAUUUUAGUUUUACAUUUUACAGUUAUACCUUGUUAAGAAAUAUGGCAAUGCCUUCAUCAGUCGUGUUUGGCAGCUGUUGUGACAUUGGAUUAUUAGAAGUUUGAAUGUAUAUGUUGUCUGUGUUGCACUCACAGUGUACAGUAUAUGUGGUACUGUAUACACUUACCUGCAGUGCAAUAGCUACUUGCCACACUCAAAUCUCAAAUGACCUGUUGCAACCUGACCUGUAGUUGUAGUUAGCAGUAAUAUACAUAUUAAUUCUGUGCAUAGGAAAAGCGUUUGAACAUAUUAUCCAGGGUUCAUUGCAAAGUGUCACAGAGUUGCCAAGGCUGAGAAGGAAUAUUUUUUGUAUCUGUGAAGAAAACAAAAAGUAUCAAUGUUGAAUUUGUCAAAAGCCAGAAGUGGUUUAGAUGCAGAAAAUCUUACUGCAAUGAUUUGCAUAUAUUCCCCCCCUCCUUCACUGAAAAGCAGCAUGAUUCUGUGUACUUGUUCAGCAUUACAUCUAAAACACGCAAAACCAGUUUCAUGAGUGGAAGCCAGCAAGUACAUGGUAUAGCAGUAACUGAAUAAAUACAAAUUAUCCAUAGUACAAUCACAAAAUCUCCAAAAUGUAACAAGCCCAGCUGCUAAUCACACCAAGUUCAUUCAUGAAGCUCGGUAAUUAUUUUUUCUGAACUAAAUGAAAGCCCUUAAUAGCAAUUCAAGUAAAAAAAGAGUGACAUGCACUCUUCUAGAAGCUAGGAAAAUCUAGGCAAAGACUAGAACCAUCCAGUUCCUUGAUGGAAUGGUUUACUGAAGUAUUUAAAAGGCACUUAACAUGUCAAUUGUAUAAUUUAAAAAUGCCCACUAUUUUUUUUUGUCAGUGCACAGUGUGUACCUGACCAGCUCCUGAAUUUUAGCUUGAUAGAAUCAGGUUUAACAGUGGAACAGCGUUCAAACGAAAUAUUAGAAUGAACUGACUGAACAGGAAAUAAGCUGUAUGAAAUCCCUUUCUGUCUUAGUAGUUGAUGUUAUUGAGGGGUGAACUGGUGAAAUUGAAUUUGGGAGGUAAAUCUCAUGUUCACAUCUCUGUACUCCAAAUAUAACUGUACAAGUCUACUAACACCUGCUGUUUCUUUUGGUCUGUUCUGUAUUGCAUUGACAAACAUUAGACAGGUAAAAAUAUUAAGACUAAGAUACAUUUGUUUGGCUGUAAUAAAUCUGAUGACAAAGCAAA